GAGAAAGCGGAAAACUUCAGCUGAUCUGUACUCAUAUGGUUGUAGUCUGAAGCUGAACUCUUUACCAUGGAGCACAAGGAGUGGAUAUCGAUCAUCGGAUGUACUGAUGACAGCUCGGCAGAGUGAUUGAUUAGCAGUUAUAAAGCGCAGUUUGUAUGUUGUUACAGAGGUCGAGACAAACUUACACGAUUAAACACGGACGAGACGAAUGCUCGGAGAUCUUUGCGUUAUGACGAGGCUCUACAGACUUCAGAAGAGAUUGUAAGCUCGUAACGGCUCCAUAUAAAGAGAACACCGCUGGGAUUUGGGGGGGUUUAGUUUUUAAAUUUCCCUCCUGUUCCUUUGUGCCGGAGGAAGAGCGCGGGCCGCGGCGGGGAGUUGCACCAGGCCGCGGGAUCAGACGCCUCUGAACGGGGCAGAGAGAGAGAGAGAGAGUGUGUGUGUAUGCGGAGAAACAGUCCUGUAUGUUUGAAGAUAAAUAAGUGAUUUUAGACCAAAACUAGAGUUGUAACAAUGGAUCCAUAUUCGGCGUCCGGUGGCGCUUCCAAAAGCGGCAAAGAUAAAGACAAGAAAAGCAAGAAGAACUAUGAAGAUGGAGAAAGCAAGAAGAAGUUUACUCUCAAACGGCUGAUUCCUGAUGAGCUGGAGCGGUUCACCAGUAUGCGGACGAAGAAGGAGAAAUCGGCUACGAUGGGACACAGACACUCGACAGCAGCACAGUAUGAAGUUCCAUCACAGACGCAGUCACUGCACGAACACUCGGAUGACUAUGUGCUGGAGCUCUUCGAACAGAUGCUGGUUGAUAUGAAUCUGAAUGAGGAGAAGCAGCAGCCACUCAGACAGAAGGAUAUCUCCAUUAAGAGAGAGAUGGUGUCUCAAUACCUGCACACGUCUACUGCUGGAAAGAGUCAGAAGGAGAGCUCUAAGUCAGCGCUGGUGUACAUACAGGAGCUGAAGGCCGAUCUUAGAGACACACAGUUACUGAGCUGUCUGGAGUCACUGCGAGUGUCUUUAAACAACAACCCUGUCAGUUGGGUGCAGACGUUUGGAGAUGAGGGUUUGGCUUUACUUCUGACGUUCCUCAAGAAACUUCAAGACGAGAGAGAAGAACCUAUGAAUGCUGGUAUAGGUGUGAAAUGUCAACAUGAGAUCAUUAGAUGUCUGAAAGCGUUCAUGAACAACAAGCAUGGUCUUAAAUCCAUGUUGACGUCAGCAGAAGGAAUUCCUCUCCUAGUCAAAUCCAUCAAUCCAAAAGUUCCGCACAUGAUGGUGGAUGUAGUGAAACUGUUGUCUGCCAUCUGCAUAUUCGAGCACCCAGACAACACUCAUGAGCGUGUGCUGGAGUGUAUCACAGAGCAGGCAGAGGAACAAGACAUCGAGAGGUUUCAACCGCUGCUCUCCGGCAUGCAGAAAAACAGCAUCGCGCUAAAGACGGGCUGUAUGCAGUUAAUCAACGCUCUGAUCAGUCGAGUGGAAGAACUGGACUUCAGGAUUCAUCUGAGAUCAGAACUCAUGAGACUCGGACUUAGAGACCUACUGAAGGAGGUGAAGUUGAUAGAAAACGAGGAGCUGAAAGUUCAGUUUCAGGUCUUUCAAGAGCAGGCUGAUGAUGACUCCGAAGAUCUUCGCUCACGACUGGAAGACGUCCGUAUUGAGAUGGAUGAUGUGACUGAAGUCUUUCAGAUUCUGUUGAAUACGGUGAAGGACUCCAAAGCCGAGCCUCUCUUCCUCUCGUUGCUCCAGCACCUGCUACUCGUGAGAAAUGACUACAUGGCCCGGCCUCAGUACUAUAAGCUUAUAGAUGAGUGCACGGCACAGAUAGUUCUGCACAGAAACGGAUGUGACCCCGACUUCAAAUGCAGGAACCUACAGCUGGACGUUGACUACCUGAUUGAUAACAUGGUUAAUAAGACCAAAGUGGAAACCAGUGAAGCCAAGGCCAUAGAGCUGGAAAAGAAGUUGGACUCUGAGUUGAUGGCUCGUCACGAGCUGCAGGUGGAACUGAAGAAGAUGGAGGCGGAUUACGAACAGAAAGUUCUUGAUCUGAGCGCAGAGAAAGACACGCUGGGGAAGGAGAAGAGCGAGAGAGAGAAAGAGAACGAGAACCUGCUGUCACAGAUCAACCAACUCAAAGAGAAGAUUGAGAAGCUCUCGAAAGAUCUAGAGGAAGCCAAGACGAAGGUCAUCACUGUGCAUGUGCCUGUGGCCCUACCCACUCCUCCUUCAUCAGGCCAAACAAGUUCCUCAGUGGCGCCACCACCCCGACCUGGUGAAGCCUGCCUUCUGCCACCACCACCUCCUCCUCCACCUCCCCCUCCUCUGCCUGGGCAGAUGUCCAUGAUGCCCCCUCCUCCCCCGCCUCCACCCUUACCUGGUGGGCCAUGUAUGCCUCCGCCCCCUCCUCCACCUCCUCUACCCGGGGCACCCGGAAUGCCCCCGCCGCCUCCCCCUCUUCCUGGGGCACCUGGAAUGCCUCCACCUCCACCUCCUUUACCUGGAAUGCCAGGGAUGCCGCCGCCUCCACCCCCUCUACCCGGAAUGCCAGGGAUGCCGCCGCCUCCACCCCCUCCACCCGGAAUGCCAGGGAUGCCACCAUUCCCACCUCCGAUGGGUGGUCCUGGGAUGCCGCCACCCCCUAUGGGUGGUUUUGGUGGAUGGGCACCUCCUGUUCCUCAACUGCCAUAUGGUCUACAGCCGAAGAAAGAUUACAAACCUGAAGUUCAACUGAAGAGAGCCAAUUGGAACAAGAUUGCAGCUGAAGAUCUGUCUGAGAAGAGUUUCUGGGUGAAGGCAAAGGAGGAUCGCUUCGAGAACAAAGAGCUGUUUGCCAAACUCACACUCACUUUCUCUACACAAACCAAGGUUAAGAAAGAUCAGGAGGCAUCUGAAGAAAAGAAAACCGCUCAGAAGAAGAAGGUAAAGGAGUUGAAGGUGCUCGACUCCAAAUCCUCCCAGAACCUUUCUAUAUUCCUGGGUUCAAACAGGCUGCCUUAUGAAGAGUUCAAGAAUGUCAUCUUAGAGGUCGAUGAGAAACUUCUCACUGAAAACAUGGUGCAGAGUUUAUUGAAGCUGUUACCGGAACAGGAACAGUUGAACACAUUAUCAGAGAUGAAAGAUGAAUACGAGGAACUGGCCGAAUCUGAGCAGUUUGGAGUUGUGAUCAGUUCAGUGAAACGUUUGAAGCCUCGUCUCAGUGCAAUCCUCUUCAAGCUUCAGUUUGAGGAGCAGGUGAAUAACGUGAAGCCAGACGUCGUGGCAGUGACGGCCGCGUGCGAGGAGCUCCGUCAGAGCGAGAGCUUCUCCAGACUGCUGGAGAUCACGCUACUGCUGGGAAACUAUAUGAACGCAGGGUCACGAAACGCCAAAGCCUUCGGAUUCACCAUAAGUUACCUGUGCAAGUUAAGGGACACUAAAUCAGCUGAUCAGAAACAAACUCUGCUGCACUUCCUGGCUGAAAUAUGUCAGGAGCAGUACCCAGAGGUCAUGACCUUCCCAGAUGAGCUCAUCCACGUGGAUAAAGCCAGCAGAGUCUCUGCGGAAACGCUCCAGAAGAAUCUGGAUCAGAUGGAGAAACAGAUUACAAACCUUGAGAAGGACAUCGAGACUUUCCCGCCUCCACAGAGCGACAGAGACAAAUUCAUCGAGAAAAUGACCAGUUUUGUGUCGACUGCUCGUGAGCAAUUUGAGAAGCUGAAGUUGAUGCACGACAACAUGGAGAAACAGUACGAAGAUCUGGGCAAUUACUUUGUGUUCAACCCCAAGAAGAUGAGUCCAGAGGAGUUCUUCGGUGACCUUAACAACUUUAGGAACAUGUUCCAGCAAGCAGUGAAAGAGAACCAGAAACGGAAAGAAACGGAGGAGAAGAUUCGCCGAGCCAAACUGGCGCGAGAGAAAGCAGAGAAAGAGAAAGAAGAGAAACAGAAGAGAAUGAACGCCGGAAAGAUAUCCAACAUUAAUGAUGAUGAUGAGACUGGUAUCAUGGAUGGUCUGUUGGAGGCGCUGCAGUCUGGAGCUGCUUUCAGGAGGAAGAGAGCACCACGACAAGCAGCCAAUAAUCGGAGAGGAGCUGGUCAGGCCGUGACCAACAUUCUCGCCAAAGAGCUUCUUCAGGAGGAUGCCCCACCUAGUGCCACCAAAAAGACCAGAUUGGACGUUGAGAACAAGAGGGAGGAGUCUCCGGAAGACACGGACUCACUGGAGGAUCUGUUAGAGGAUGCCCUGUUGCGCUCAAAUUAAGCACUUCCUCUACUGAGCCCGCCUCUUCCUCUUAAGAGACAGAUGUGUUCGUGAACCAAGCGUGCGAGGGCAGGGCUCUCACUAAGCCACACCCCUUGAGUAAGCACGUAUGCCUUCCAGUUGGCUGUCACACUGGAGGAGGGGUUCUACUUCUACAAGUUCCAUUCUUAUAAGAUUUGUGUCGUCUUUUCACUGCCCUGAUAAACACACUUUCCAUUUCUCUGUCACACUUGGUCUUUGCAUUUUCUAGCACCAUUUCUCUCUAAAUGGCAAGUUUAAUGUGUUUCAUAAUCUUUCUCAUCUGUUCACGCAAGAUUCCAAAGAUUUGUAAACGUAUAUUCCAGAAUGUUUUGUUCUCUCUGAAGAACAGAGUUCCAUUCUAAAUUCAUCAGAAUGUUUUUUUCUGAUUCUUAGUCAUAACUAACAUCUCUUUUGUUUUAACAUGCUUUUUUGUUUUGUAUCACAUGGCUGAAUGUUUGAAUAAGUUACAUUAUUGUGCACAGAACACAAAGUGCCAAUGAUGACGACCCCGGAAAAACACGGUUCAGUUUUUACUCACUGAGGUUCUGUAGCCCAUCACAAGAUUUAACAACGGUCUGGUACCUGUUCACAAGAUUCGUUUUCUGUUUCUGUGCUCUACUGUUCCUCAGUACUACAUUUUGUGGUUUUAAGUCAGUGAUGUCAUCUAAAUUUCUUGGUAACUUCUCACUGGCUACUUAUUUAUGUAACAUGAGCAGAACGAAUUUCUAUUUAUAUAGUUUGCAUUGAAUUAAACAUGACAAUGUACGAAAAAUUGGUUUAGGAAGAAUGGAUAAAUCAUUCAUAAAACUAUUCUUACGUAAAUAUUUGCAUUGAUUUAAAUAUGACCGUUCACACACAAAAAAAGGCUUUGGAUAGAAUUGAUACAGUAAAUAGUUUGUUAAACCAUCCUUGCGUAAAUCGUUGCAUCGAAAUUAAACGACUAUUUACGGAAAAAUGUUUUUGGAUAGAAUUAAUACAUUUUUAGUAAAACUAUUUUUGUGUAGAUUUUUGCAUUGAAUUAAAUGCGACUACUAAUUAAAUGUAUUUUUUGUAUACAAUGGAUGAAUAAUUCGUAAAACCAUUCUUACGCAAAUUGUGACUGAUUUAAAUACGACAAUUUACACAAAAUACGGUGAAUCAUUCGUUAAACUAUCCUUGUGUACAUUUUUGCAUCACGUUAAAUGACUACGAAAAAAAGGGUUUUUGGAUAGAAUUAAUAAAUCAUUCUAAACCGUAAUUUUUUGCAUUGAAAUAUACGUGAAUAUUAACAAACGUUUUUUUGGUUGAACUGAUAAAUCCUUCGGAAAAACGUUCUUACGUAAAUUGUUACACUGAUUUAAAUACAACAAUUUAUGCACAAAAGGUUUCGGAUAGAAUUGAUACAGUAAAUUGUUCGCUAAACCAUCAUUGCGCAAAUUGUUGCAUUGAAAUUAAACGUCUAUUUACAAAAAAACUGGUUUUGGAUAAAAUGAAUAAAUCAUUCUUAAAACCAUUCUUACGUAAAUUGUUGCAUUGAAUUAAACGCAACUAUUAAAAAAAAUUUGGAUAGAAAGGAUACAUCAUUCAUAAAAACGAUUCUAAUGUAAAUCGUUGCAUUGAAUAUGACAAUUUGAUGCAAAAAUGGUUGUGGAUACAAUUGAUAAAUUGUUAAUAAAACCAUUCUUACAUACAUUUGUGUUGCUCAGAAUGGAUAAAUAGUUUGUUAAACCAUUCUGAGGUGAAUUGUUGCAUUCAAUUCGACAAUUUGUGUCAGGACAGAUUACGUCGAAUUUGUUUGGCUUGUGUUUCAUAAAUGAAAACCCUUUUUGUGUCUGUGCACUGCCCUCAGUUAAUAACUGUCUGAAUUGUCAUAUAUUCGGUUUCAUGAACAGCUGCAGUCGGCGUGUAGCUCUUGUUUUUCUAGAAAUAAUAAUCCUUUGAAACGCUGUGCUGUGUUUCUGUGUUUGUAAAGUGUUGUAGUCUUCUGUUUUGCGCACACUGAAAAUCAUAACAGACUUUGACUCUUGUGCACAUGUUCAUGUUUUUUCCCAUCAUUCACACAAGAUAAACAACAUGUGCAUGUUUUUGAUUUUAACUACAUAUAACAAUUUUGAGGGCGUAAGUAACAUGUACCUUUGGCAUUUAUUUCUCCAUCUUAAAGAGACAGUUCACCCAAAAAUGAAAAUUGUCAUCAUUUACUUACCCUCAUGUCAUUCCAAUCCUGUAUUUUUGGGUGAACUGUCCCAUGAAAGUAGCACUGCAGGUUUGUCAUUGGUGCUAAAGUAUCUUGUCUAAACCUGCUCGUAGAUUUGUUAAACUUUUGUCGAUUUCAUUGCUGACAUAUCACAGACAGAUACUGUUUUUCAGGACUGGUUUUCAGUCAUAAACAGAAUUUGUUUCAAUGAAGAGUUAACAUUUACAGUGAAAAAUGACCUCAGAGUUUCAGCUUUGUAAUAUGACGUACAUGAAUGUUAAUGUUGGCUGAAUGUUUGAGGGUAGAGAUCACUGUUUAAAGCCAUAGCGCGAUCUGCGUUUGUCCUGAGAAAUUGUCUUCUGGAUUAUUCUAUAGUAAAAUACAUAUGCAUUUAUUUAACGUGUAAAACGUGACAAUGUUUUGACUAGAAUCAGGUCUCCACACACUGCCCAGACACCAGCACGCCUAAAACGUCUCUGUAAUGUUCCGGUUUAUUUAACGGAAGUUAUAUGUGGACUGCAAUUUUGGAGACCUGCAAGCCAACAGAUUCUCCUAAAAGUAUGGUUUGAUCAUUAUGAUGGUUAUGCAACAUUUUCACAUUCUUGGGAGAAGCUGCAGAAAUAUCACAGGAAAAAACAGAGAAAAAAAAAACGUUUCAAUUUUUUUUUUUACCGUUUUUCUAUAUCAAUUUUUAUUGAUUAUUUUACUGUAAUAAUAUUGAAAUUGUAUUGGUGAGAUUUUUUUUUUUGUUGGUCAAAUUGUGUAUAUUGAGUUUGUGACUGUAGAGAGGUUUAUUCUGAUGAUCUCUGAACAAACACCAUUAAAAUAUAUUCUUUAA